AUGUCUAAGCCCACCGACCAUAUCAAGAGACCCAUGAAUGCUUUCAUGGUAUGGUCCCGGGGCCAAAGACGGAAGAUGGCCCAGGAGAACCCUAAGAUGCACAACUCGGAGAUCAGUAAACGUCUAGGGGCCGAAUGGAAACUGCUCUCAGAAGCAGAGAAGCGCCCCUACAUUGAUGAGGCCAAGAGGCUUCGCGCUCAGCAUAUGAAGGAACACCCGGACUACAAGUAUCGGCCGCGACGUAAGCCCAAGAACCUGCUCAAGAAGGACAGGUACGUCUUCCCUUUACCUUACCUCGGAGAAACUGAUCCCCUCAAAGCAGCCGGCCUGCCCGUGGGGACCACGGACAGUCUCCUCGGCUCUCCCGAGAAAGCCAGGGCGUUCCUGCCCCCCACCUCGGCACCUUACUCCCUCCUGGACCCCAGUCAGUUUAGUUCCAGCGCCAUCCAGAAGAUGACUGAGGUCCCUCACACCUUGGCGACCAGCACGCUGCCGUACGCGUCCACCUUGGGUUACCAAAAUGGGGCUUUUGGCAGUCUCAGCUGCCCCAGCCAGCACACCCAUACCCACCCGUCCCCUACCAACCCGGGCUAUGUGGUGCCCUGUAACUGUACUGCCUGGUCGGCGUCCAGUUUGCAGCCCCCUGUUGCCUACAUCCUCUUUCCUGGCAUGACCAAGACUGGAAUAGACCCUUAUUCUUCAGCCCACGCGACGGCCAUGUAA